GUGGGAGUGGUAGUCAAAUAUACUUUGACCACUCAUCAGCUACAGUCAACUUGGACUACAACUCCCAUGAGUCAACAUUGGCGUGAGAACGACGCAUGCGCUUCGUGAGGGGGGCCGGGUUUAGUAUAAAAGGCAGCGUCCCAGGCUGGGUAGCAGCAGUCGGAGGUUAGUUGGUGAGAGAGUGUGCUAGCUGAGAGACAAGAGAGAAGGCAGGAGGAGGGGGGCUCAGCUGCCCAGUGUGUGUGUGUCCUUACAGCAGCCGCCAGCUGGUGGCAGCCUUAACAACUGCAUUCCAGUGCAGCAGCCUCUAGUCAACACGCUUGCCUCUGAAGUGGGAAGAGCACUGUCUGGAGAGCCCAUCUCAAAGGUGCUUCUGUCAUAUGCAAGGUGGCUUUAUAUUACAGGCAAGUUGAUUCCCUCUGCUUCAUGGCUCCAUGAACACUUGUCACCUAAUAGGGAGCUGAACAGCGUGUCAGUAGCACCCGAGUGGGACUUUGACUCUUCUGCUGCACCCCAGGGAGGGAAAAUUGGGGUACCAUGGCUGAAGUGGGAGUUCAGGAGCCAGCCUUACCCUGCGAAACUUUGGCAGGUGGGGGAACCCUGCUGGCCAGCAAAGAUAGUGGGUGGCAACUGAGUGCAGAGGAGGGGAGAGGGGAGUGCCUGAGAAGAAAUCCCUCCACCCUGUCGUCCUGCCCAGAAGAGGAAGAAGAGGACCAUGGCAAGUUAGGACAGCUCGGCCAUGGCAAAAGCCAGCAGGAAGAAGAGUGGAAGGAGCUGGGCAAGAAGAGGCACCGGAGGCUGCCAUCCAAAAAGAAGAGGAGGUGGAAGCCGUACAACAAGCUGACCUGGGAGGAGAAGAAGCGCCUGGAGGAGCGGGAGUCUCAGAGGGCGUCCAGGAUGAGGGCCGAGAUGUUCGCCAAGGGGCAGCCUGUGGCACCGUACAACACCACCCAGUUCCUCAUGGACGAUCAUCAUCAGGAGGAACCGGACCUGUGCCCGCCACAGCGGAGAGGGCCCCCCGCCGCCCUCCCCUCCCUACACGCCAACUCCUUCAGCAAAGGUGACAGCACGGAGGAGGAUGUGGAGGAGGAGGACGAUGGCACCGGCAGCGACUGCAUGGGCAGCGAUGAUGGGGCGGAAUUCCUACAGAAGGACUUCUCGGAGACCUAUGAGCGCUACCAUGCCGAGAGCCUGCAGGACAUGAGCAAGCAGGAGCUGAUCCGGGAAUACAUGGAGCUGGAAAAGUGCUUGAGCCGCAUGGAGGAAGAGAACAAUCGCUUGCGGCUCCAGGAGGUGACGGCUGCGCAGGCAGCGGGGUCCAAGGACUCCAAGAUCCAGGAAUUGGAGAUGGAGGUAGAGAAGCUCAGAGAAGAAAAUAAAAGGCUGCUACGGGGAAGGGAGCAAGGGGCGGCUGACCCGUAGCGGCCACACUGCAGAUACACCUCCACCUGGACAUGGACUUUCCCCCUUCCCAUGCACUCUGACAGGCAUUACACAGCCAUAGACACGUCCCCCUACACACACCAGACACACGUGCCCGCCCGCCCCCCAGUCCUUACAUUGGAGAAUGACCUGAACGCGCAUUGCAAUGACUGCUGGUCACCGCCACUUACUAUGACUGUAGAUCACGUUCAGAGACUUGACUUCCUUUUUAACAGUACGUGAUCACAAGACAGACUAGUUUCAUGGUGUCUAUAGAGCCUAUACUUGUUUUUGUUACCGCUAUCUUGUCAUUUAUAACUGGUCGAAUUUUCUCACCUUUCUUUUUCUUUUUCAUGUAAUGUUUAUUUUUCUCUUUACUCUGAAGGGUUUUUUUUUUAAAUAAAUGUUUAAACUUUACCAAAGCUGUUUUGAUUAUUUAGUAUGUUUUGUGCUGUUCAUGUCUGCCAUUGUUUAGAAGUCAUGUUAUUUGUGUGGCUAUACUAUACCCCUUCUCCCCUCUGCUGUCUUUCUGUGACCCCCUUUUCCUAAUUUCUUAAUACAUUUUACAAAUGUUUUUUAUGGGUUUUCUUUUUCUAAUUGCUCUCUCAAUACUGUACUUGGGUGCAUUGAUCCGUUCCCCCCCUUUGGUAUAUAUGAAAUUUGUUAAUGGGGCAGAGUUGUAGAAAAUGGUUUGGGGCGUGUCUAUGCAAGUUGGUCUUAUUUAUGAGGUAACUGUAAACUUCAUAUCCAUUUACAAUGGUUAUGAUGGCAGCUGGAAUUUAAUAAUUCCGUCUGUUUGUAAGUUCAUCAACUAUUCUUAGGACAGCCAGCAAAAUACACUUCUCAAUC